AUGUUUACACAGCAAGAAAAACAGAUUGUUAUUGCUCGAUUUCGUGCUCUUGCAGAACAACGUAUAUCGCUGUUGCAGCAUGAAUCAGAAAAAAUUGCUCAGACCUGUGAGCGACGCAUAUUACGUAGACUAAAUACCGUAAGUGUAACUCUCCGCGACGUCAAACUCAAAGAUGUUUUAGAGGUCGAACGUAAACAUACUCCAACGAUCAAGGGCCUAUUGGGAGACAUCAGGGUCGAGAAGAAGCGGACGAUGAGAAAGUGA